GCAUAAUCAAAUUUUAAGUGUGGUUUUAUAUUACUAUUAUGUAGGAUAAUUACAUCGAAAUAUCGGCACAGUUCCGUGUGCAAAAGUUGAACCUUACAAGGUUACAGAGAUAGAUAUAAUCACGUCACUUCGGGUCAUCGCGAGUUUAGUUAUAUAUUGACGUUCCUUGUAACGGAAGUAUCGCUCUUGCAGGCACACUAUCUCCAUUAGCUUUAAUCAUCGUCAUCAUCAGCUUGCAAAUUUGCGGCUUGCAAUUGCCGAAGCAACAGUUGGGCAAAACUCAGCUUAAAGUCACCUUCGGAUACCAUUAAAUUCGCUUGGUUGUUAAACUGUUUACAAACACCUGUUUGAAUUGCGAUUUUAGGCGUCAAAGGUUAUCGAAGAUUUUGUAUUAUUUGCCAAAACUCAACAUUUGAAAUCGGAACCGGUAUUCAGACAUGGCGAGCACCGAGGGUAAGGUUAUCAAAUGUAAGGCAGCUGUAGCAUGGAAGGAAAAACAGCCUUUAACGAUAGAAGAGGUAGAAGUAGCUCCUCCAAAAGCUAAUGAAGUACGUAUCAAGAUCAUGUUCGCUGCUUUAUGUCAUACCGAUGCGUAUGAAUUAGACGGACUAGAUCCCGAAGGAGUAUUUCCUUGCAUUCUCGGUCAUGAAAGUAGUGGAAUCGUGGAAAGUGUUGGAGAGGAUGUGAGCGAAUUUCAACCAGGGGACCAUGUUAUUCCGGUAUUCAUUCCUCAGUGUCGCAAUUGCAAGUUCUGUAAAUCUCCAAAAACCAAUCUGUGUAGCAAAAUUCGUGCUACGCAAUGUAAAGGUCUAAUGCCCGAUGGUACUUCAAGAUUCUCUUGCAAGGGUCAGACUAUUUAUCAUUUUAUGGGCUGUUCAUCUUUUUCAGAGUAUACAGUCGUUGCUGAUAUUUCUCUUGCUAAGAUAGAUCCUGCAGCUCCUUUGCACAGUGUAUGCCUAUUAGGGUGUGGAAUAUCAACUGGUUAUGGUGCAGCACUGAAUACAGCUAAAGUAGAGCCUGGAAGUACAUGUGCUGUCUGGGGAUUAGGUGCAGUAGGUUUAGCCGUUGCUUAUGGCUGUAAGGUUGCUGGUGCUAGUCGUAUCAUUGGCAUCGAUGUUAAUCCUGCCAAAUUUGAAGGAGCUUUUAUGUUAAUUUUAGCCAAGGCUUUUGGUUGCACUGAAUUCAUCAAUCCUAAAGAUUAUAAUAAACCAAUCCAAGAUGUUCUCAUAGAGAUAACCGACGGAGGACUUGAUUAUACUUUUGAAUGUGUUGGAAAUGUUCAGACUAUGAGAGCAGCUUUGGAGGCAUGCCAUAAAGGUUGGGGAACCUCAGUGAUCGUUGGAGUAGCUGCUGCUGGGCAGGAAAUUUCAACACGUCCAUUCCAGCUCGUAACAGGACGAGUUUGGAAAGGAACAUCUUUUGGUGGCUGGAAAUCAAAGGAUAGCGUGCCGAAACUUGUACAAGAAUACAUGUCAAAGAAAUUAUUGCUCGACGAAUUUGUCACUCACAAUUUACCUUUCGCCCAGAUUAACGAGGCUUUCGAACUACUGCACAGUGGAAAUUGUCUGAGAGCAGUCUUGAAAUACUGAAUAUUUUUUCAUAUGUCAUGAUACCUAUGGUCACUAUAUAAUAAAUAAAGGUAUGCCAUAUUUUGAAA